AUGGAACUCGAACAGCAAUCCGAUGUGCUAGGAAAAUGGUACUAUGCAGCGGAGCGCACGUCGGACAACGGUGACCGUCUGGUCGACUUGUGCGAACAGACGGGCCUCAUCAUCGCUUCCACGUUUAAAGCGAAUUAUCAACGCCAUCAGCUCACGUGGCGGGGGUCAACCCUUUUAACGCCUGAAGAGCAGCGCAAGCGGAAGAUGAGGACUCUUAAGCUUCAGCUCGACUACGUUCUGGCGAGGAACAUUCCUCAGUCAGAUAUCCGAAAAUCUAGAGCUGUUUGGGAAGUCGCAUUCGACUCUGACCACCGUCCAGUUCUUCUCAGCUUCAAGAUACGGUUCCACAAGAGAAACCGAGGAGUUCCUCUUCAACCGAAAAUCGACAUGGCAGGUCUGAAAGACGAUGAAUGCAGAACAAAAUUCCGCCAACGUGUGUCUAUUCAUGUUGGAGUACGGACCAGGAAGAAGCUUAGCGAUGCGGAUUUCUUCACAAAGUGCAUCCAGGACGCUACAAGGGAAACGCUCCCGGUUCUAUUGCCGCGGAACAAGUUUGCCUUUGCAUCUGCGGAAACAAAAUCCACAUACAAUUCUGUAUGUGUCGCGCGCAGCGCUGGUGACUUUAACCAGGAAAAGCGUCUUAGAAGGAAGCUGCGUCGUCAACUGCAACAAGACCGCGAUAACGAGCGGACGUCAAGAGCGAUGGAGUUUGAGAAGGCGUGGGAGGACAGGAACCCGCGGAAAGCCUAUGCUCUACUAAAACAGUAUAGCGGCAAAAUGAAAAGACGUUCCCCUGUUCUCAACACUGCCAGUGGGACCUUGCUAGCACCGUCAGCUCCUGAAUUCGAACACAAUCAUAGACCGACAUAUGCGGUUAACGAGGAGCCACCGACCCAGUCGGAGGUCCUGGUCUGUAUUCAAAAAAUGAAGAAUGGAAAAUCUGGUGGAGACGACGGGAUCAGCGCAGAAAUGCUAAAAUGUCUUCCUCCGUCUGGGAUUCGUGAGAUGACAAAGAUCGUCCGUUCAAUAUGGAUAGACGAAAGGAUACCUGAUUCGUGGAGACACGCUAUCAUAAUUCCCCUCCACAAGAAGUUAUCCGUCACGGACCCCAGGAAUUAUCGAGGAAUCUCUUUGCUGCGUGUUAUGUACAAGGCUGGCUUUCGUCCAGGCCGAUCUCCGAUUGACCAGGUGUUCAUCGUCAGGAGAGUGAUCGAAAUCUGGCAGCGGUGUUCGAAGCCAAUGCAACCAACGUUUCUGGACUUUAAAGUCGCGUUCGACUCUCUUCACCGAGGCCGUCUUCUCAACGCCCUCCCCGCCGAUGGAGUACCAGGAAAUGGUAACUGGAGUAAGACAAGGGCAGUGGCAGGACCUCUCCUGUUCAAUUUCGCAAUCGACGACAUUACGCGAAGAACAGUAGACCAGUGUCCUGACGACAUUGUCUUAGCACCAUCAGGGUGCCCCUUGACUGACCUCGAGUACGCCGACGAUGUUGUUAUAUUCGCGGAAAGCAGUACGAAACCUCAAAAUGUUGUCAACCUUGUAUCGAAGCUGGCUGCAACCUAUGGACUACGCCUACGCCCUGAUAAAUGCAAGCAGAUGUGGAUCUCUUGGAGACCACGAACGGAAUACAGAGUGAACGGACAACCGAAAGAAGUCGUCGAUGAGUUCUGUUACCUAGGCUGUACGCUGAAGAACAAUGCCAGCUACGAGAGAGAUGUUCAGCAAAGAUGCGCUAAAGCCACUUCUGCAUUUAACUACUUAACGAAAUGA